AUGUCUGCUACUCGUCCUCCUCAUCUUCCAAAUCAUAAAUCAGCAAAACCUUCGCUCUAUGGAGGAGGUCAACGCAAGCACAAUUAUCUUAAUAAAUUUCAAGCUGGUACUACAACUACAUGGUCCGGUUAUACGAAUUUUACUGGAAAACCUUUAUUCAAGUCAAAUCAACAUACUCAUCAUCAUCAUUCAAAAAACUCAAUUAAUGUUCAAUCAAAAUUAAAUAUUUCACAUGCAUUGAAAGAUAAAAAUACAUCAUCACCAUAUAUGAAUCUUAUGUCUAUUAAUCCGAAUGAUAUUUUAUUUCGACAACCACCACGAAAAAAUACUGUUUCAAUGCAGCAAGCACAACAAAUGUAUCAACAUCAUCAACAACAAAUGUCAAUAAACAUUAAUCCUGAUCAAUAUUAUAAAAACGCGAUGAUCCAUCAAUAUCAAUCUCGAUCUCAAUCAAAUCAUCAAUCUCGUUCUCGUUCUCGUUCUCGAUCAAAUCAUCAAUCUCGUUCUCGAUCUCGAUCAAAUCAUCUUCAUCAAAAAAACAAACCAUAUGUUACUCAUCAAACACAUUAUAACAAUAGACGUUCUCAAGAUUCUCAAAAAAAGACUCAUUCUCGUUCUCGUUCUCGAUCCCCUUCAUAUAACAGAAAACUCAUACAUGGAAUUAUCUUAUCUGAUUCAAUGGCAUCAAAAUGUCGAAUGUUCAAAGUUAAUAUAUCUAAUCUAAUGAAUGUCGAAUUAAUUGCUAAAUCAGGAUGCAAUUGUGAACGAAUGGCAGAUUGGAUGGCAUCAGUUGAAGGAAAAAAUAAAUUAAAUAAUACUUCUGUGGUUCUUUUCUCUUUAGGAACAAAUGAUAUAGCACAACUUGGUGUUGAUCUUACAUUAAAACGUUGUGAAUGGCUUGUUGAAUACACACGUCAAACUUUUCCCGGCAUUAAAACAAUCGGAUGGAUGAAAUUAUCACCACGUUGGAAGCUUUCAAGAUUAUUUUCUGGAUAUGAAAUUGCAAAACUUCAUCGUAAAUUUAAUGAUCAUUUAUAUGUAUUAUCCAAAAAAAUAAAUAUUGAUGUCGUUGAUGCACAAUUACAAAUAGAUGAUAUAAGAAUAGAAGAUGGUUUACAUCCAACAUUAUCAUCUGGUCGACAAAAAAUUGAAAAUGCACAACGACAAUGGUUUGCUCAGCAAGCAAUGCAUCUAUCCAAAACAACUGUACAACAACAACAUAAUAAUAGAAGAAUAAUAAUAACAACAACAAUGAACAACAACAAUUUAACCAAUUCAUCAUCAUCACAACAACAACAGCAAGCUAAAACAACUACCGGGCAAGUACAGCUUAAUUCUACACAACCCUUUAUAGUAAACUAUACAAAAAAUAUAGCAAAGCAUAGAACGAGUGAGAAAUAUUUCCAUCAUCCAUGUUUACCAAGUCGACAAUUAAUCAAAUUCUAUCCACAUAAACUUAAACAUCCAAAUCAACUAUUUCGUGAAAGCACACCACCAGAAAAUAUCGAUAAAGAAAAAGUUUUUCUUAUUGCAAAUCUAUAUUAUCAAUAUCGACAUUUCGAAGAUGAGGCUAAAAAAUGGCGAGAAUAUGAAACCGUAGCUUCUCGUAAAGAAGCACAACAGAAACGAACGAUCCAUUUCUAUCAUAGUGAUUAUGAGAGAGAAAAUAACUUGACCACCAACAACAACAACACUAUAGAUCGAGAAAUUCCAAAAGUUCGCACAGGUCCUACUUCACCAAGAUGGUCAGGAAAUGAAACAUUCGACAGUGAAAUCAAUGAUGAAAACAAAGAGAAAGAAAGUAAAAAACGGAAAUUAAGUGAUACAUCAUUAUCACCGAUUGGCUUGAAUAUUCGAACAAGAGAAGAUACGAGUAAAAUACAAAUGGAUGAAGAUGAGCAGGAACAAGUGAUCGAACAUUACGAUCCUUUAACACAGUCAACACCAACUGGACAUAAUCUGAAUCAAUCACCAAAUUUAGCAGUAUACACACAACGUGUAAUACGUCGACCAUUGACAAACAUAGAAAUUGAGUCUACAUCUGUAAUUUCAAAAGACACAUAUAUAGAACAACUGCACGUAUUUGAUUUUCCUAUUAUACCAUUUGAAUGUAAAUACAUUCUUGGUAAUAGUUGUAAUGCAGAAUCUAUAAAGAAACAUCGCAUCUUUCUUGAGAAAAAGACAGAACAAAUGAAAAUACAAUUAAACAACGAAAUGAAAGCACUAUCCAUUGAUCAAGCAGGAAUACUCAAACAAUAUAUUACGGACAGUAUUGAUCCGAUUGUAGAUAAAUUCAAACAAUCGAGUCGAAAACGUCUCGAGAAUUUGAUUCUAGAUCAAAUGAAAGAAAAAGCGAUACGACAAAUAAAAGAUAAAUGUGAAAUAGAUGAACUUGAAAAAAUAAAAAGAUUAGAAGAACAAUAUGUACUAAUGUUGAAUCUACGAUUUCAAUUGAGAAAAUUAGAGAAACGGUUAAAUCUGAAUAUGCCACCUCCUUAUUUGAAUGCUAUAGAUAAAAUACAAUUACAUAGUAAAGAACUAGACAAUAAUGAGAUUGAACAAUUCACAGAACAAUGGAAUAAUAUAAUUCGACAUGCAAAGAAAGAUUUUACAUCUAUUAUGAUAAUGACAAAAACAACUGAAAUUGAAAAGAUUGAGAAAAAAUAUCAUGAAUCACUACAAAAACUACCAGAAUAUAUUUGA